AAAAAUCUCUACUGUACGGCAUCUUCCGGAGUUAGAAAAAAGGGAACUAGUACUAAACGACAUUAUUUAUAAAAAUAACAUUAUUAACAAGUUAUUUAAUUGACUUUUUUGUUAAGAAAAACACGAAUCACCUAUAAAACUUUUGGGGGCACCUUGUAUCGCAAAUGCUUCUAGUUUAAGUGUUGCAAAACUCAAUCUGUCACUAAGUUCUUUUGCCGCUUGACAGCACUGGUUAAGUUUGCGUCAAAAGAAAAUUUUUCACUUCGUAGCUUCCGCUAGAAUCAGUCAAAUUCUCUCAUUUCUGAUUUUUAAAACAGUGACGAUGCGAGUUUUAAAUAUUAACAAAAACAAUAAUGGCGACACACGCCUCAGCACCACCCUUAAGGCGCAGCCGCAAACCCGACCAGCGCUCAGUGAUCUGCGGAAGAACUUCCAGGACCGCAGAGAGCUCGAGACCUACGUGCGGCAGAUGAUUACCGCUUCGGAUGUACGUCCUGUAAUGGAGACGCUCGCGCUUGCUUCGGAGCAGGGCCCGGACACCGUCACCGGCUGGUAUACGGUGACCAUGGCCAAGUGCGCCGGCCUGCCGGAUUCUGCCAUUCGCAUGGCGCUGGACUGGGUCCUGGUCCCGUUGAAGGUGAAAUUUUUCAACUACCGACGCAGCGGACCUGCUGACAACAAUGACCGUGUCGAGUUCAUGCUGGACAACUCACUAUACGCUAACAGGCUUAAUCGUCUCCGAGAGAAUGUCAUGGUCAUGUAUACUUGUCAGCCGUUGGAGGUGCAUGUGAAACCGGGACUUCCAAUCAUUGACGCUGCAGUUUUUGCAGAAUUCGAGAAAGCAGUAGAAGCUGCCCUGCGCGGGCGUUACAUGGCUGCGACACGUACCCUGGACUUAUCUCGAUUCCACGCAGAUCCUAACCUUUCUGACCACUUUUGCCCACUACACGUUAUAAAGUUCUUGGAGGGAACUUUAAAGGUGGCGCGCCGCGUGCUCCAGAACGAAGUGGCAGGGAUCAUCUUGAGCAACAAUUAUGUGUGCUCCUUAAAAGCCUUUGAUGAUGUCUCGGCGGAUGACUUCAGCGCUCUAGAGCGCCUCGACAUCAGCGCCAAUAAGAUCAGCGAAUUGGCUGAGCUAAAGUAUCUCAGGAAGCUACCAAUCAAGACGCUGCUGCUGAGGGGCAACGACGUGAGCAAGCUAAAAUCUGAUGAAAUUAGAGCGAUCCUUCCGCAGCUGAAGGACAUUCAUGGCUGUGUGCAUUCAUAUCCCAAAGCUCUUUUGCUAAAUAAGCUUCCUACAUUUCAGCAAUUACAAGGCGGCGAGUCCGGCUCCACUGGAAUAGAAUUUGCCCAACGGUUUGUCAAAUGCUUUUUUGACAGCUUUGACGAUCCCGCCGAGCGCCACCAACUCACCAAAUAUUACGACACUCAAGCCACCUUCUCACUGAGUGUUCCGAAGCAGCUCAGCCGUGUGAGCGUCUACAGGUUGUACAAUCGAAACCAUCAGAGCCUUCAGUCUUCAUUCGCGCUCAAAGGGAAGUUGCAGGUGGGCAGCUUGGCUGUGACUCAAGCCUUUGGACGCUUUCCUCGAAUGGUCACGAGCAUCCAGAGGGCCAGCGUGGACGUCCUGAUGUUCAACAAUCGUUUGCGCAUCCUAGCGGUGACGGGUCACUUCAAAGAGCAUACCUUCCCAGGCUGGGAGAAGCGACACUUUCAACGCACCUUUGUACUGCACCGGCCUGAAGGUUGUGCUGGCUGGCUGAUAACCAACGACAUCCUAAGCAUAAUGUCUCCACGGGGUCCUAUCGCCACUGCGCCACUAACUGCUGCCAUAAAAUUGGACAUUAUUGAUUCCAGCUUAGUCAUCGAAAUCUCGGAUAGUGAAGACGAGUCUUCUUCUGCCCCUAAUGCCGCGCCAAAGGUAGUUGAUCCUGUGGAGCAGGCUGUCCAAGAACUGAGCCUGUCCAUGCCCAAGAUGGUACUUGUUAACGAAGUGCGUGACGAGGAAAUGCACCCACUGGUAGAAAUGCCUCCGCUGCAGUGUCAUCGGUGGUCCCAACUGCGUCUUUAUCUUUCGAUGAUGAUGAAUUUUUUGAUCUGGAUGAGGAAAUCGACUCGGCUGUGUGCAGCGAUGAUGCCCUGGUCAUUGAUGAGGAUGCUCUGCUUAGAGAUAUAUAGAAAUGAGGAAUUGAAAUAAUUGUAAAUCAGUGGUAGAUAUUAACUAAGUCUUAGACGCCUUGGGUUGACAGUCGCAGUUAUUAUCAACUUAUAUUUACCACAAGCAUAACGCAUGGUAAUCAGCCAAAAGGGAGCUACAAAAGGAACCCUGAGCUGUUGCCGGAUGUCUUUGAAUGCUCCAAGUGGGUCAGGUCACCGGAAUCAUAUAAAAAUUUCUCCUUCAACGAUUCAAAGUUAUUUGAAUUCUUUAUCUUUUAUGAAUUACUACAUUCAUAUUGUAAAAGAAAUAACCAGAAACUAUAUAAUAUAAAAGGCAUC